UGUGAUCUUGGGGUUGGAUGUUUGGAGUCCAUGGGGAUUAUUGGCAGCAUGAGCCCUGCCAGGAACUGUGGAGGAGAGCCCUUGGGUAGACAUGAAGAAAGAAGCGAGGGCACACAUGGAGAACCAAAGCCAGAGGUUAAUCCAUGUCCCUCCUGUCCUCUUGCCUUGUCCAGUCAACAACUGAAGCACAGCCACCCCUUUCAGUCCUUACCAGGAACACCUGCAGAAAAACACCUCCAAGCAGAAGACUUCCAUCCAAGGGGGCAGAAGCUGCACCAUUUUGAGCAUCACAUUCGGAAUGAGCGAGCAGAAGGUCUAGAGACAGGAGAUGGGUCAAAACCCAUGCUUGAAAGGACAAGGCUGGGGAAAAUGUCAAAGACCACCUAUAACUCACCCAAAGGACAAACGAGGAGCUCUGGGGAGACUAAUAGAAUAAGGGAAGCAGAUCUCAACCCAGGUCAGGGAGUGAAUGCUGAAGACACAAGAAAUUUAUUCUUGGGUAUAGGAAUAUCAAGAAUUGCAAAAGUCAGGUGUAGAGAGUGUGGACAUGGCUUUAGUGUUAAGUCCAGCCUCAUCACACAUCAGAGGAUACACACAGGGGAGAAGCCCUAUGUCUGUAGUGAGUGUGGGCAAGGCUUUAGCCAGAAGUCAGUCCUCAUCAGACACCAGAGGAUACAUACUGGGGAGAAGCCCUAUAUCUGCAGGGAGUGUGAUCGAGGCUUUAGCCGGAAGUCACACCUCAUAAAACACCAGAGGACACAUUCAGGGGAGAAGCCCUAUGUCUGUAGGGAAUGUGGGCAAGGCUUCAGCCAGAAGUCAGUUCUCAUCACACACCACAGGACACACUCAGGAGAGAAGCCCUAUGUCUGCAGGGAGUGUGGGCGAGGCUUCAGCCAGAAGUCAGAUCUCAUUAAACAUGAGAGAACACACUCAGGGGAGAAGCCCUAUAUCUGCAGGGAGUGUGGGAAAGGCUUCAGCCAGAAAUCGGAUCUCAUUAAACACCAAAGGACACACUCAGGAGAGAAGCCUUAUGUUUGCAGUGCGUGUGGGAAAGGUUUCAGUCAGAAGUCAGACCUCAUCACACACCAGAGGACACACUCAGGGGAGAAACCCUAUGUGUGCUGGGAUUGUGGGCGAGGCUUUAGUCGGAAGUCACACCUCAUUACACACCAGAGGACACACUCAAGGGAGAAGCCCUAUGUCUGCAGGGAGUGUGGGAAAGGUUUCAGCCAGAAGUCAGACCUUAUUAAACAUGAGAGGACACACUCAGGGGAAAAGCCCUAUGUCUGCAGUGAGUGUGGGCGAGGCUUUAUCCAGAAGUCACACCUCAUCAGACACCAGAAGACACACUCAGGGGAGAAGCCUUAUAUCUGCAGGGAGUGUGGGAAAGGCUUCAGCCAGAAGUCGGACCUCAUCACACACCAGAGGACACACUCAGGGGUGAAGCCUUAUGUGUGCAGUGAAUGUGAACGAGGCUUUAACCAGAAGUCCGACCUCAUGAAGCAUCAGAGGACACACUCUGGGGAGAAGCCCUAUAUCUGUACUGAGUGUGAACGAGGCUUUAGUCAGAAGUCAGACAUCAUUAGACACCAAAGAACACACUCUGGGGAUAAGCCCUAUGUCUGUAGUGAGUGUGGGAGAGGCUUUAGCCAGAAAUCAGACCUCAUGAAGCACUACAGGACACACUCAGGAGAGAAGCCCUAUGUCUGCAAGGAGUGUGGGCAAGGCUUUGGUGAUAUGUCAAACCUGAUUAGACACAGGAGAAAGAAAUGCAGUCCAAACUCUCCUCUUCCCCAGCUCUGAAGGGCUGUAGAACAAGUUUACUGAUUCCUUACUCCCCAGAGUGUAGAGGGCAGACUGCUGAGUAAACAGAUCCAUUUUGGGUGGGUGUCAAAAGAGAAUGUAAUAAAGCAUGAGGGUCCCCGAUGUGGUCAGGGUGUUGUUGACUGUAGUUUUCCUUCCCAACCAAUCUUCUCCCUUGGUGUUUUGUUAUAAUAAAUGUUGCCAUCAUACAGA